UCUGCCAUGAGGAAACUGCCAUGAGCUACUUCUGCAAAAUGAGUAAAGUCAGUGUUGAUGUGAAGGCGGACACAAGUUCAGCUGUAAAUGCUCCUGUGCUCACUGGAAACACUAUAACAGGACCCGUGACCAUCAUCUGCGGCUCAAACACUGCAGAGCAGCAAAACUCCACAGAGAAGCGCACAAAAGAACAAGAGACUUUAGGACUGAAAGAGUUUUUGAGAAGUCAUAAGAUCUACAUGAAGGAGAAUUCAAAACGUAUAUUUGAGGGUAUGAAGGAAAAUGAAGCCAAUCUGAAUGAGAUUUACACAGAUGUGUUCAUCACAGAGGGAGAUAUGAAAGAAGUCAACAGUGAACGUGAGAUUCUGAAGAUUGAUGAUGCCUUCAAAAACACAACCAAGACAUCACAGGACAAACACAUCAAAUGCAAUGAGAUAUUUCAGUCACUGAGAGACAAGAAGAAGAUUAUUCUGACCAAAGGCGUCGCUGGAAUUGGUAAAACAGUCUCUGUGCAGAAGUUCAUUCUGGAUUGGGCUGAGGGAACAGCCAAUCAGGACAUAGAUGCCAUGUUUCUGUUUCCAUUCAGAGAGAUGAACCAGAUAGAAGACAAAGUCAGUUUUCAUGAGUUUCUGCUGGAAUUUUAUCCUGAAAUGAAAACAAAUGUCAUAAAGUUAACAGAGAAAUGUAAUGUGGCGUUCAUCUUUGACGGACUUGAUGAGAGUCGCUUGAGUUUGAAUUUUAAAGGCAGGAAACUGAGGAGUGUUGAGGAAAGAUCAUCUGUAGAUGAAAUGAUUAUAAAUCUGAUAAGAGGAGAUCUGCUUCCAUCAUCUCUCAUCUGGAUCACAUCAAGACCAGCAGCAGCCAAUCAGAUUCCUUCUAAGUUUGUAGGUUUGUUCACUGAGGUGAGAGGAUUCACAGACCAGCAGAAAGAGGAAUACUUCAGAAAGAGAAUCAAAGAUAAGAGUCAAGCUGAUGAAAUGAUCAAACACAUCAAGAGAUCUCGUAGUCUCUACAUCAUGUGUCACAUCCCCGUCUUCUGUUGGAUCACUGCGUCAGUACUUCAUGAUAUUCUCAUCCAGAACCAUGAAGAAAACAUUGACACGACUCUCACUGAGAUGUACAUUCACUUUUUGCUGAUUCAGAUGAACAUGAAGAACCAGAAGUAUGAUGAGGAAGAUGAAGAAGACUAUACCAAGCUCUUAGAAUCCAAUAAAACCACCAUUCUGAAGUUGGCCAAGCUGGCGUUUGAGCAGCUGAAGAAAGAGAACAUCAUCUUCUAUGAGAAAGAUCUUAAAGAUUGUGAUAUUGAUGUGAGUAAAGAUUCAGAAUACACAGGAAUGAUCGCUGAGAUCUUCAAGAAAGAAUCUGUUCUUCACAAGACAAAAGUCUUCAGUUUUAUACAUCUGAGCGUUCAAGAGUUUCUGGCUGCGCUGCACGUCUUCAUCUGCUACAUGACCAUCAACAUGAAGGACCUUGAGUUUUUUAUCACACCUAAACAAAACACAAAGAUUUAUCUUCAUGACAUUCUGAAGAAGGCCAUUGAUAAAUCCACAGAGAGUGAGAGAGGACAUCUGGAUCUGUUUUUACGUUUUCUGAUGGGCCUUUCACUGGAGUCUAGUCAGAAGCUUCUCAAAGGUCUGCUCACACGCACUGAAGACACCAGAGACAGCAUCACGAAAACAACUCGAUACAUUCAACGAUUACAGGACAAGAGGAUCUCAGAUGAAGCUAAAGUGAACAUGUUUUACUGUUUACUGGAGCUGAAGGAUCAGUCAUUAUACGAGAGAAUCCAGAAAUAUUUACAUCCAGAUGAUUCAGAUUCAGUCACAAAUCUCUCAGAUUCAAUGUGUACACUGAUGAUCUAUGUGCUGCUCAUGUCAGAGAACGUGCUGGAUGAGUUCAACAUGAACAGAUAUAAGACAUGGGAUAAGAAGAUACUCGUUCCAGCUGUGAGAUGUUGUAGACGAGCGAUAUUGUCAGGGUCUGAUCUGACUGCUGAGUCCUGUGAAGUUGUGUCUUCAGCUCUUCAGUUCUCAAAGUGUCCUCUGAGAGAGCUGGACCUGAGUAACAAUGAUCUGAAGGAUUCAGGAGUGAGGCUGAUCUCUGAUGCUCUCAAGACUCACAACUGUCAACUACACACACUGAGAUUGUCGUGGUGUAAUGUUACUGAAGAGUGUUGUGUAAGUUUGUCUUCAUGUCUACAAUCAUCAACGUCUCUGAGAGAGCUGGACCUGAGUAACAAUGAUCUGAAGGAUUCAGGAGUGAAGCUGAUCUCUGAUGCUCUCAAGACUCACAACUGUCAACUACAAACACUGAGGUGUUUCUCUGUUGAUGUGUGUGUUUGUAGUUUAUCAGGUUGUAUGGUGACAGAUGAAGGUUGUUGUUCUUUGGCUUCAGCUCUGAGUUCACAGUCGUCACAACUGAGAGAGCUGGAUCUGAGCUACAAUCACCCACAACACACAACACUUCAGCUGCUCUCUCACACACUCAAUGAUCCAAACUACACAAUCAAUGUGGGUCAUGGAGGAGAGAGAAGAAUUAGAGCAGGACUACACAAGUAUGUCUGUGAUCUCACACUGGAUCUAAACACAACACACACUAAACUCAAAGUGUCUGAAGAGAACAGAAAGAUCACACGUGUGAGAGAGUGUCAUUCGUAUCCUGAUCAUCCAGACAGAUUUGAUGUUCAUCAUCAGGUGUUGUGUAGAGAGAGUCUGACUGGACGCUGUUACUGGGAGACUGAAUGGAGCGGAUCAUUUGUUCAUAUAUCAGUGUCAUAUAAAAGCAUUGAGAGGAAAGGAGAGAGUUAUGAUUGUGUGUUUGGAUUCAAUGUAAAAUCAUGGAGUCUGAGGUGCUCUAAUAACAGAAUCACUGCAGUUCACAAUAAUAAUCAAACACACAUUAGUGUUUCUCCAGGUGUGUGUAAGAGAGUAGGUGUGUAUGUGGACCAGUCGGCCGGCACUCUGUCCUUCUACAGCGUCUCUGACACACACACACUCACACACUUACACACAUACUACACAACAUUCACUGAGCCUCUCUGCACUGGAUUUGGUGUUUAUGAAUGUAACUCCUCAGUGUGUCUGUGUGACAUAAACAGCCUCUAUAGAGCCUCCUGUUGAACACAAGAGA